AUGCCAAAAGUGGUUUCUCGCAGUAUAGUGUGUUCGGACACCAAAGACCAAGAAGAAUAUAACGAGGAGAAGCCGCUGCACUCGUAUUACUGUUUGUGCGGUCAGAUGACGUUAAUUUUGGAUUGUGCUUUGGAAAAACUACCUCUACGCAAACGGGAUGGGGCCCGAGUAAUUGAUGGCUCUAAGCAUGCCAAUAAAAUGACCUACGAUCAAGACGAAACUGUUUACUUGAAACGACAAGAAGGUGUUGAAAAACAACAUAGAUUAAAGUGCAAAAAAUGCGGUUUAUUUUUGUACUAUAAACACCAGGCCAAUAAUAAUGUUUAUUUUAUUGUACACGGGGCUUUGAUUAAAUGUACUGGUGAGGGUCCUAAAAUGGAUAUCUAUAAUCAAGUGGCUGUUGAAAAACCAAAGAAAAUUAUGGUCACCAAGCACACUAAGAAUAUGGGCAAGUUCAGUUCGGUGACAGUAUCUACUAUUGACGAAGAAGAAGACGAAAUUGAAGCGAGGGAAGUAGCAGAUUCAUAUGCAAACAAUGCACGUAUAAUUGAAAAGCAGCUAGAGAGGAAAGGCAUGCAUAAACGUAAAACGGCAGAUUUUGUAGAACCAGAAAUAGCAUUGGACAUAAAAAGACAUGCUCGUGGUACAUUGCUAGAGAAAUAA